CCGAAGAAUGAUAAUUAGAAUAAUCAGCUUCAUAAUUUUAAAUAAAGGGAAUAAUUUUGUGUACGGAUUAAGAAUUAUACUAGCGAACUAGUUUUUGGCUCUGCCUAGAAUAGAAAAUAAAAGAUGACUUCAUGCAGUAGUUCCAAUUUUUUAAACCUACAGAUACCAAAAAGAAGAAAAUAGAAAAAUCAACUGACUAACCUCAAAAUUUUAAAUGUUGAAUUUUGUUUACUUCUUUGAACAAAAAUAUGUGUAUUUUUUGUGAUAUAUAAAGAGAUUCUCUACAGUUAUGUUAAAUCAUGCAAAGUAUAUAUGCAAAUUAUUGCAAGUAACUCUAAAUACGAGAAGAAUACCUACUAAUGUAAAUAUUAAACAUUUUCGAACUUCUUUAUAUAAUUUUCAUGGUGAAUACGAAUGGCAAGAUCCAAAAUCUGAAGAUGAAGUAGUCAAUAUUACAGUUAUAACAAAAGAUGGAGAGAAAGUACCUAUAAGAGGAAAAGUAGGAGAUAACUUACUCUAUUUAGCUCAUAGAUAUCAAAUACCAAUGGAAGGUGCUUGUGAGGCAUCUUUAGCAUGUACCACAUGCCAUUGCUACGUUCAAAGCGACCACCUUGAUAUUUUACCAGAAGCAACAGAAACUGAAGAAGAUCUUCUAGAUAUGGCUCCCUUUUUAAAAGAGAACUCGAGAUUAGGUUGUCAAAUUGUCUUAAAUAAAGAUCUAGAAGGUUUAGAAGUUGAAUUACCAAAAGCCACUAGGAAUUUUUAUGUAGAUGGACAUACACCAAAACCACAUUAGAUUGUUAUUUUAAGAAUUUGUAAACUUUUAUUAUAAGUUGUAGUAUUAAAUGGUAAAAGACGUUUCUCAUUA